AUGUCCUUGUAUUACGAGGCAGCCGAAGUUCUAACGAGCGUGAAGGGAAAUAAUGGAUCCCUCAAGUCUGUCGUGUUUGGGAAGAAGACGUGGAAGAGCGAUGCAAAGACCCUUUUCGCUCUGGCUGCAGAAGCCGCAAAAUGGAGCAGCGUUCUGUCGGAAGUCGUCGAAAAUAGCGGAAUUAUGAAGUUGGAGAAAAAUCUUUCGCCAACUCUCACACUGCUACUUGUUCACGAUCUUCUACUCGCAAAGAGAGGCAUUGCAUUGCCCGGAAAGCAUGGACUUUACGUUGCAGUCACCCGCCACAAGGCACGACUCACAGCCGAGUUGACCAAAGCUAGAAUUCGGCGGAGACUGACCUCUCUAGAAGCGCUGCGCGCUCACGUCAAUGCCGGCAGUGCCGAUGCUCAAGGGCACGAGGCCGGGAAUGCUCCAGCUCCGCGACAUCCUCGUUGGAUCCGGAUCAAUACUCUUCGAACUACACUCGAGCAUGAGCUGGCCACCACGUUCGUCAACUAUGAGCGAGUGUCGCAGUUGAAGGAUGUCGCGACGGCCAAAGCUACCCAGAGCGUUAUAUAUGUUGACGAUCACGUCGCUAACCUGGUGGCGAUCGUUGGAGUCGAAGAGCCUACCAAGUUCAAGGCGUACAAGGAAGGCAAGCUCAUAUUUCAAGAAAAAGCAUCCUGCUUCCCGGCCGCGCUGCUCAAUCCGACGGUAGACGACGUCCAUAUAAUUGAUGCGUGCGCAGCCCCCGGAAACAAGACGACACAUCUUGCUGCAUUGCUGCAAGCUGCUCUGGCCUCUUCGGGUGAGAGCGACGCAUCGAGUUGUCAUGUCACAGCCUGCGAGAAGGACAAUUUGCGCUCCCAAAUACUCGUCAAGAUGGUCAAGCUGGCCGAGGCCGAUAGCACUGUCACUGUCAAGAAGAAGCAAGACUUCCUCCGACUCGACCCUUUCUCGAAGGAGUUUUCAAAUGUCACCGCUUUGCUGUUGGAUCCAAGUUGUUCAGGAAGUGGUAUCGUUGGUCGAGAUGAAGGCACAUUAAAUAUCUGUCUACCGUCACUUGACAAUGGCAAUACUCAAGAUGACAAUAAACGUGGCAAGAAGCGGAAACGCGGUGCCGCAAAAGAGAAGCCCGGUCCUCCAGCGGCCGACGUCAAAGUCAAAGAUGGGGAAGAAGACCAAGACGAUGACGCUUCCGACGCAUUAGUGGAAGAGACGGCUAUCGAAGAAACCGACGAAGCAAAGCUCAAGGCUAGACUGGAGUCUCUCUCCGCUUUCCAACUCCGACUUUUGACGCAUGCUAUGGCGUUUCCCACCGCCAGGAAAAUCACCUACUCGACUUGUUCCAUUCACAAUGAUGAGAACGAAAAUAUAGUCGUGAAAGCAUUGUCCUCUGAAGUUGCACGAGAGCAAGGAUGGAAGGUCAUGAAGCGAUCGAUUCAGGUGGACGGUAUGCGCAAAUGGCACAAGCGUGGCUCUAUCGAGGCAGUCAAAACCGUUGCUGCCGGUCUGGGUGAGGAGUCAAUUUCUUCGCUGGACUAUGAGGAAAUAGCGGAGGCGUGUAUCAGGUGUGACAAACGUGGUGAUGAUGGAACCAUGGGAUUCUUCGUCGCCGGAUUUAUCCGAGAUAGUUCAACCACAGCUGCAGCGCCGGAAACAAAGGCCCCUGCAACACGAACGAAACCUGCGAAGAAGAAAACGAAGACAACGAAGACGACAAUUGACACCCACAAGGAUGAGGAGUGGAACGGCUUUGGAGACGAGGAUUGA